GUCGAAGUCCACUCCACUUUCUGGGAGCUUGGUGCCCGGUAAACGAAACUGUGGAGGAAUCGGGGGGGAAUUGAAUGUUGGUGGACGUCUUUAGUCCUCCCCCACCUCUUCUAAGACGCCGACAGAGUCUAUCGCCCAGACGGCAAUUGCCCGCGGUCGGUGCCCAGCCAGCGAAGCGGGAGCCAUGCCUGUCCCCGCUGGAUACCUCAGCGACUCCCCUGCCGCGGCCUUCGCAUCCUCGGCCUCGCUUAUCCCGCCGCCUCCGAUAAACACCCAGCAGCCUGGCGUUGUCACCUCGCUGUUGUACAGCGGCUCCAGGUUCCGGGGCCACCAGAAGAGCAAAGGGAACUCUUACGACGUGGAGGUUGUUUUGCAGCAUGUCACCAUGGAGGAUUCCUACUUGUGCGGCUACCUGAAGAUAAAAGGACUGACUGAGGAAUACCCAACUCUGACCACGUUCUUCGCCGGAGAGAUCAUCAGCAGGAAGCGGCCGUUUCUCACCCGGAAAUGGGAUGCAGAUGAGGAUGUGGACCGUAAGCACUGGGGCAAGUUCCAGGCCUUCUACCAGUAUGCAAAGACGUUCAACUCGGAUGAUUUUGACUAUGAGGAUCUGAAGAACUCUGACUAUAUCUUCAUGAGGUGGAAGGAGCAGUUUCUGGUCCCUGACCACACAAUCAAAGACAUCAGCGGCGCUUCCUUUGCUGGAUUCUACUACAUCUGCUUCCAGAAAUCCACAGCAACGAUUGAGGGCUACUACUACCACAGGAGCUCAGAAUGGUACCAGUCUCUAAACCUCACCCACGUUCCUGAGCACAGUGCAGCCAUCUAUGAGUUCCGGUGACAGUGGUCGGCAUCGUGGAUCUUUUUUUUUUUGAUGGACAGAGACUUAAAGCAAAGCAGAGGUCUGCGGAUGCUACUGAGGAGGAAAAGGAGAACGAUUAGGGAUGAGAAUUUGGGCUUUGGAAAAGUGCAAACUCUUACGUGUUCCCAAUAAGUGGACGGACAUCUGAUUGACCAGUGGACAGGAUGUAGGACAAAUGAAUGUAUGUAUGGAUGAGAUGAGAAGGAAGAAAGGAAAAGAGUGCAGCUCAGCUCCCCUGGCCGGAGCUUGUAAAGUUAGAACCAGCAGACUGGGUGUGGCUCAUAUAGUGUACCCCUUUCUGCAUUUGUUUUUACGUCUGGUUUUUAAAAAACGCUUGGCGCUGCAUCUCAAGACACUUUAUAAGCUGAGUUGGGAAUUCCCCCUCUUGUUUUUGCAACUAGAAAACGUUUCCAGCUUUCAUCCUGCCGAUGUGAGUGAGCAGUAUAAACAAAAUUGACUGCGAGCUGGACAAGGAUUCCUCUGAGGCGUCUGCUCUUAUAAACACAAUCUCUCAAGAAGUAAACCACCAAGUCCGCGCUGAAAAGCAAAGAGAGAGAAGUUUGGGUUUAUGAUUGUUUGGAGCUUUAAUCAGCCCAUAAGCUAGAAUGACAGUAUUUUUUUAAAGCUAAGCUGGUUCUUUGUUUGCCCGCCAAGAGGAUAUUUUGUUAUUUUACUCUAAAUGAUGGAUGCAGAGUGGCACUUUUUAAAGGCUGCAAUGUGAGUGACACACAAAACGAGCUUUCCCCCUGUGUUCAUACGAUUGCUUGGGAGAUUAUCACAUGGGAUUGCUGUGGAUCUUGUUCUAUUGAGUUACAUUUGCACAAAGAUAGACUUUAUGUUACUAAUGCUUGCAGUCAGCAUUUUUUACACUCACGUGCCCUAGUACAUAAGCAUCAAGUUGCAGGUCAAGCUUUUUGACUAGUUUUUAAGGGUUUUGACUGUGUGUGUGUGUGGGGGGGG